AUGAGUGAAGAUAAAACACUUAUCAAAAUUCCAUAUUUUGAUGGUCACUAUGAUCAUUGGAGCGAACUCAUGAAAAACCUGUUAUGGGAAAAGGGUCCAUGGAGUCUAGUGGAAUGCGGUUUUAAAGAACCAACGGAAAGAACCCUACUCACAGAUGCACAACAGGGACUAUUGGACAAUGCCAGAACCAAAGAUCACCAAGUAAAACAUUAUCUCUAUCAAGCAAUAGAUAGAACUGUUUUAGAGAAAAUUUUGGAUCGGCGCACGUUCAAGGUGGUGUGGGAUUCACUGAAGAAGAAAUUUGGAGGAAAUGAAAAUGUGAAGAAGUCAUUGAUAAAUUCUCUAAGAAGAGAUUUUGAAAUUCUAGAGAUGAAGAAAGGAGAAAGCAUCACUGAUUACUUUGCAAGAGUAAUGGUAAUUGCAAACAAGUUGCGCAACAACAGGGAGGACAUGCUGGAUUCUAAGAUCGUGGAGAAGAUCUUGCGCACUUUGACUAAGCAAUUCACAUGUGUGGUAGUGUCCAUUGAAGAAUCCAAGGACACAAAUAACAUAUUCAUUGAUGAACUACAAAGAUCACUAGUGAUAGUGAUGCACGAGCAGAAGUUCAAUAGCGUUCACAAGGAAGAUGAUGACCAAGCUCUUAAGGUGGAAGAAAGAGCAAGGUAUGGAAGGGGAAAAGGCAAAGGACCAUCUCGAGGCCGUGGACGAGGCAGAGGAAGAUAUAAUGUGGAUAAAGCCACUAUUGAGUGCUUUAAGUGUCAAAAUUUGGGACACUGUCAAUUUCAGUGUCCUAAGUGGAUCAAAGAAGCAAAUUAUAUUGAACUGGAAGAGGAUGAACUUCUAUUGAUGGCCUAUGUGGAUGAUUCUGGAGAAAAAUGA